ACUGGUACCGAACGUAAAGACGUACGAUUCAAGAUGGCCCGCGCUACGAACAGAAUUCGUCUCGAAGAAGACGAUAUUUUUCCAGCUAAAACUGAAGGUCCUGCAAAUGUUUACUCUUCCACGGCUUUUCUUUUAGUCAAGCCAAGAUGGAUGCCCGAUGAAGAAGCUCAUGUUUGUCCACUCUGUGCUCAAAAGUUUAACCAACUACGGCGCAAACAYCAUUGUAGACAAUGUGGGAAGRUUUUAUGCAACAAGUGCUGCAAUGAAAAGGUUCCAUUACCACAAAUGGGUUUUGAAGACCCGGAAAGAAUCUGCGAUUUCUGCCUUCCAGUGACGACUCUUAUUACAAAGUCACGAUCACCUCAAUUGGCGUUCAAGCUAGAAUCAGCUCAGUCACUCGCAGAGAUGUUCAAAGAUCCCCCAAAUUUGAAGAAGUGUGUUGAACUGGGCGGUGUGCAGACGAUCAUCUAUCUUAGUCAGAGUAACAGUGAUGAUGUCAAAGCUGCAGUAUCAGAUGGACUAAAAACACUAUCCACACAUAAUCCUCUGCACUCUAUGCUGGCCAAGUGUGGUGCAAUCAAAGCAUUAUGUGGUAUUUUAUCAUCAACUAAUGAAAGCCAUGAGAAAACUCUACUAGAUGGCAUAAGUGCACUUAUGAUAUUCUGUAAGUCAGAAGAACUUAAAGCACAAGCACUAGCCGAUGGAGCACUUAACCCUGUGUUGUCUUUAUGCGCAAUGAAAGAAGAAAUUGCUUUACUAGCAAUGAUGACACUGAGCCACAUUGUCGAACAUCAUGGCAACCUAGCACCACUAAUAGAAAGUGAUAGAAAUGCUUUACCAAGAAUCUUAGCAUUAACAAAGGCAAAUGAUGAAAAAAUACAAGAAAUAUCGCUUAGAAUAUUAUCUCAAAUGUCAAUGGGAACAGAUUGGCAACGACACAGAAUUGUACAAGAGGACUUCUCAGCAGGAAGGUGUUUAGUGCAUUCAUUAAGAAGAGGACCAAGUAACUUACAGGUCUUGGUGAAUGCAUCGUCUCUAAUUGCAAAUCUUGCUAUGGGAGAACAAGACCAGAUGUCAUUGAGGGAUUGCCUUGAAGCCAUGUGCAAAGUGAUGACUUCCCAUGCAGAACACAAAGAUAUUCAGACACAUGUAUCCAGAGCCUUAGCAAAUUUUUCACAAUUUCAUCAAAACUCAUCGAUAUUAAUUGGCUCACUUACACAGAUAAUUAAAGUUCACCUAAAGUCAGAUGAUGAAAUUAUCAGAUGUCAUGGACUACGAACAGUCAUGAAUCUCCUUUCUCAACAAAGAGAACAAACAGUGGCGCAACUUAUGAGGGAAGGAGCAAGUGAUGUUCUCACGGCUUUAGGAACAUUUCCUGGUAUUAUUGAAGCUGUUCAGGCAUCCUUACUGCAUAUUGUAGCACCUCUAACUCCACCUUAAGCAAGUGCUGGUCAUUUGUGUAUGUAAAAAACUAUUUUUGAAUACAGAAUACUGCACUACCAUAUGGUGCAUUCCUAGACUAAAAUGAAUUAUUUCUAUAAAGCUGCAUGUUAGCUACAGUACAUUACAAAAUUACAAUUAUAAACAAAACAACCUACAAAGCAUUUUGGUAUGCAGUAUCAGUAUUCAAAAGUCAACAUUUUUGAAACAGUGGCAUUAAAUAAGAACAUACAAGAUAUAAUCUUUUAGAUUAAUUGUAGCAAUAACCUGAUAAUUUGGCAUUAGUUUCAAAAUCCAUUUUUGAGUAUUAUUCAAAGAUAAAAGGACUGUUAUUUGUAUAUUAGCUAUAAUGCUAGAAUUGGCACAGGUAYUUUUGUUAAUCCAGGAAAUUGUUUAUCCAGAUUAAUUGAAUUUACAUUUUAAACAUAUUGGUAAAGUACAAUUUUAGUACAACUCACAUUUUUGUACAAUUUUGUUGAAAUGAAAUUUUACCCCUUGUAAAUAACUUUGUAAUCCUAAAAAUUUAUGUAUAAAAAUAUGGUUUAUAGAAAUAUUAUUCAAAUUUCAUAAUUAAGGGAGUCAUAGUCACAAGUCUCCAUUCAAAGCAUUAGUUUUUUAUAUCAUAAUUCUUUAAWUCAAAUUUAUAAUCAAUUGUAAAAGUAGCCAUGAAAAGUGAAAUGAAAUAUAAUUUAGGAAAAGUAUUCAUGAACACCGUUAGCUGUAAAAGUAAAACAUUUUUAGAUUUGUAAAGAUAAGCAUACAUUUACAGAGGCGAAUCUAGAUUUUUUUCACCAACAGAUCUAGGAUCUAGGUUUUCUUUCAUCACUUGAGAUGAAAAUGCACAGGAAGACCAAGCUCUGUAUGAUAGCCUUUGUUGUCAGCUUUUCACAAUAUACAGUUGUCAUUAAAUGGUUCCUUUUUCAUCUUCCACUCAGGCUAAUAAAGGCUUCAUAUAAUCUUAUUUCAUGAYAUUCCUUGUGUAGGAUUUGCUGGGUUUGUUGUCCAUUAACAGGUUUUUUUCCAAACGCAAGGUUUUAUCCUAUAGUUUGAACUGUAAAGAUAACAUUCAACAUACAUUAAAUAAACAAGAGAGAUUUUCUUUCAAUUAAAGAAUAAAAAUGAAGAAUAAAAAAUAAAGCUAAAAAUAUAAGA